CGCUGUAACGUCGUCAGCCACGGCAGGAGUCGAGACGACACUUGGCAACAACCUGAACGAAAUUGCACUAUAUGUAUUUAUUUAAUACACAGACUCUCAAAGUGAGUAGCGAUGUCACCCCGCCCCCACUUCAAAUUUCCCGGCAGGCACUGGUUGGUUGAAUCGAGCAGCGACUGAACACAUGUCUACAUGUUCCGUUUCCGUGUGGACGCCCGUGAAUCCGUGUGGAAAUAUUCGAGUAAGAGCUGUUCCAGACUAUUGUCAACCCAGUCGGUGUGUGUACUCGUGAUACAUCCUGUAACCAUAAUGAAGUCAAACCACUGAGGUCAUCUGCAGUCCGUUUUGGCAAAUGUCACACAGGCCUAAAUGGCUUCUAUGGAGAGGAAACGUGAGAUUUGCAGCCCCCUCAUUCCACAGCGCAACUCUUCGAGGAAAACAAGUGCAGAGAUUGUCUCUGAAGCCAGACAAUCCCUGCGUGUUCAGACCACCCAGCGCCCAUUUACUCCCAGAGAUGGACACAGGCAACUCUUUGGAAACAGCUCUGUUCGUGGAGAUCAUGUCAACAGACCUCAAUCUACCUUUAGUCUUGAUGCUCAAAAUUUCGAUGCUCCUGAUUCGAGGCCAGGUUCAGGGACUCGUCUCUCUCCACUGGAACACAAGCCAAAGUUCCCGGGCCGCUGUGGCACUGGGGAUGCAUGCAAAGCCGUUCCUAAACCCCCCGCAGACCCACUGAAUGUGAAGAGGGGGUCAGCAGGGGCAGGGGUACAGGCACGGGUUCGACUCCUCAGGACUGGAUCUCUCCCCACAUUGCCUCCUUUAGAGGGAAACACCGAUGUGACAGAAAGAAUAAACCAAGGCCCGGAACAAAAGCAGCCAUCUGCAAAACGACACCCCGGCACGGACCACACCAAGGUCCACGGUGGUCCCCACAAACCCGGCCCACACAGAACAGCAAGUGAAAGUAGAAUAAUGCAGCCCGGUGUUGACUCAGGAGUUAGACCCACACACUGCACAACGGGACAGAGAACAGAGCUGGGGAAUGGAGACAACGCCGCAUGCCCAGAGGAGAGUGCAGACUCGUCGAUGUGGAAUAAUACAAUUGGUCCUCUUCUCCAACAACUGGAGAGCGUGGCUGCAGGCGGCUCGGCGGAGCGGCUGUGUGAUUUGUGUGACCGCCUCCAUGGCACCUUGGCGGAAGCGGACAUGCUCGGCCGACACUGUAAGAGGAGGUCAGGGAUCCUUCGAACACUGUUCCGCCUCAUCGACCACAACUCUGCCCGGCUCAACCUGCUCAUCGCCAAGCUCUGCCUGGCUCUGUGUGUCAGUGGAAACAACCUGCUCAACAUCUGUAAGCUCGUCUUCCAGAUCAGCCGCAGUGAAAGCAACGACAUCCUCUUCCAGAACAACUCCAUCAUAGACUUGUUGCUGAGCGUGCUGCACAAUGAGGACGUGUCAACAUGUGGAGAAGCUCUCCUGUACUGCGUUGGCACUUUGAAAUUUCUCUCAGGCAACAGCGCAAUCCUCAGGCUCCUGCUGGACAAGAACUGUAUUGGCGUGGCUCAGAAACUCAUCCAGGGGCUUCACGCAGUGGAAGAGAUCCACUUCACUAUAGCGGGGCACAUCCUUGUUCAACUGACGGCGACCCUGAGGAACCUCGCCGAUCACCCCGACUCCCGUCCGCACUUUGUGUCCUUCUCUGUGCUCUCAGAGCUUUGUCUGGUGCUGCGUCGUCACCGCCAAGACCAGGACAUCUGCAUUAACAUUUCCAGAAUAUACAGUAAACUCUCCUCUUACUCGGAGUGCCGCGUCGCUCUGGCCCAGACCCCCGACUGCUACCGACUAUUUUUAGAACUGCUGAGCAAACAUCGCCAAAAACAGGACCUCGUCGUGCGCCUCCUCUUCACCCUGGGGAACCUCACAGCCAAAAACGCCGAGGCUCGGCUGCAGCUCUUCCAGAGCAGGGGCUGCAUGCACACGCUCCUCCAAGUGUACGACACCUACCAGCGGAGGGACGCGUCGUUGUGCACGCCCUCGCAGACAGGUGCCUCUUCCCCCGGCAAACCUCCUGCUCCUCCCGCGAGUGUGCAGGAGGACGACGACGUGCUGGUGAAGCUGGUCAGGGUGCUGGCGAACAUGUGCAUCCACCCGGCUGUAGGUCCAGCGCUGGCGAACGACGCGACCUGCAUUCAGCUUUUGAUGGAGACACUCGAGUUGAGGUCCGUGCAGGAGAGCGAGGAGCUGUUGGUGAAUGUCGCUGCCACCAUCAACAACCUGUCCUUCUACCAGGAACAAAGCUCUGUGCUCAGACACAGUCAACUCGCCAUCACAAAGCUGAUGUUGAAGUUGGUGCUCAGCUCCAGUAUGGACUCCAUGCUCGAGGCCACCCGUGUAUAUGGGAACAUGUCAAAGUCCAAGGAUGUGCGGGACUUUAUAAUGCAAAACAAAGUGCACCAGCUUGUGGUGACGCUGCUCGACUCUAAAAGCACCGAGAUGUGUUUUUCAGCCUGCGGGGUCCUCACCAAUCUGGCCCUGGACCCUCCCAACCGGGCCAGUCUCUCACUUGAGGGGGCCGCUGCCAAGCUGUCGGACUGUCUGAGAGACUUUGGACCAGGCGACUGGCAGCUGGCGGGGCAGGCUUGUCAGGCGCUGUGGAACCUGAUCGGUGGCGAUUCAGAGAAGUUGCUGGAGACACAGGAGAGAGAGACCCUGCUGGAGACCCUCGCUACAUACUUAGAUGAAGACAAGGCCCUGAAGUGGAUAGAAAACGAAGAUAUGAGGGAUUUGCACGGUGCAUGCUGGGAGUCGGAGUUCCUGCCUGUAGCUCAGAAACUGAUGAAGACCCUCCAGCCUCCGGACCAGAAAGACUGACACACUGGGACAUGGAGUUCGGAGCCAUGUUGCCAUAGAAGUAAAUCCUUUAUCCUCUGCCUUAUUUUGUUAAUAUCAAACCCUUACCUACUAUAGAUUUUAGAUGUGGCUGCAAAAAAUUAGUUGUCAUCAUCACACAGACAGCAGAGAUUGUUAGAUUCAUGGCAGGAAGGAAUACAAAAAACCUCAGACUGCUGCUGCUGCAUCUCCACCAACCAUGUGUGAAUGUUAAAAUUACUAGAUUUAUUUCUAACAGUUCUUGUCUAUAGAAAUAUUAUUUGCACUUACAUUUGUACAUACUUUCUAUUUAUUUAUUUCUAUCUUAUCGAUACCAGCAGCAUUUAAAAAAAAAAAAGAAAAAAGAAAUGUAAGAGCAGACAGAAUACCAGUGCACACAGGGAGAAAAAAAAAAUCUUGUUUCCACAAUAAACACAAUUAUUUACAUGCGA